ACAUAAUCACCUCUCAUUCCGGACCGGGCCGGGUCUCGGUUGUGGGAGGACUCAUGGGUGCCCCGCCCCUUUUCCCUGGAGGGGGCGGGGCGGCGGGCCGUGACGCCAUCAGAGGGCGCCCGAGGAGGGACGGGCCGCCAGUUGGAGAUGGAGUCGGUGCUGGCUCUGCGCGGCCUGGUGCUGCUGCGGGACUCCGUGGAGUGGGAGGGGCGCAGUCUCUUGAAGGCGCUUAUCAAGAAAGCUGCGCUGGGUGGGGAGCAGGUCCACAUCCUGGGCUGUGAAGUGAGCGAGGAAGAGUUUCGUGCAGGUUUUGACUCCAGUGUCAACAGCCGGUUGGUUUACUAUGACCUCUUCAGAGACCCGCUCAACUGGGCACAGACUGGGGAAGCCCUUCCGGGGGGACCCCUGGGAGCCUUGCAGGCCAUGUGCGAGAGGACGGAUCCUGGUCCUGUCACUGUGGCUCUCGAUUCACUGAGCUGGCUGCUGCUGCGUCUUCCCUGUGCCGCCCUGUGCCAGGCCCUCUGUGCCAUGAGCCGUCGGCACGCCUGCCGUGGUGGCAGCCUCGCAGCGGAGCAGCUGUGCGUGCUAGGCCUGCUGCACCGAGAGCUCCACGGCCCGGGCCCCAUGGGAGCAUUGAGCAGCCUUGCCCAGACCGAGGUGACCCUGAGUGGUACAGCGGGCCAGGCCUCGGCCCACAUCCUCUGUCGGAGGCCCCGACAGCGCCCAACCCUCGAGACUCUGUGGUUCUCCGUCCUGCCUGACUUGAGCCUGGAUCUCCAAGGGGGACCCCCGCUAGAGUCCCAGCCCCACCCAGAUCCUCACACACCGCAGGUGGACCCCGCCUCCCACUUGACCUUUAACCUCCACCUGUCCAAGAGAGAGCGAGAAGCCAAGGAUAGCCUGACACUGCCUUUCCAGUUCAGCUCCGAAAAACAGCAGGCUCUGCUGCGCCCUGGGCCCGGCCCUGCUACCAGCCGCAUCUUCUAUGAGCCAGACACGUUCGAUGACCUGGACCCAGAAGACCCAGAUGGUGACCUGGAUGUUUGACGGGGAGCCUUGACUAGCCUGUACUGGGGAGGGGGGAGAGAGACCUUGGACGCGUAACCAUCCUUUCGUUGUUUGCGGCGGCCUUACCCUGCCCCACCUGUGUUCCCUGUGUGCGGAGGUCCUGCCUCGUGACCCCCGAGUCAGGGAGUGGCUUCCAGGCGGGACAAGACACGGGAAGGGGCAGAGGGGAAGGUGAGGGAACAGAGACGCCUCCCUUCCCAGCCUAAUAAAAUCUAUUUUUUUACGAAAAAAGAAA